AUGUUUGAGAGACCUGAAGGAAUUGAGCAUUGUCGAAUAUGGAUAGAUGGAUGCUUUGACUUUACACAUCACGGACACGCUGGAGCAAUGCUUCAGGCACGCCAGCUAGGUAAAGAAUUAUAUGUAGGUGUACACUCAGAUGAAGAGAUUCUUGCCAACAAAGGACCCCCAGUAAUGACUCUUGACGAGAGAAUGACUGCAGUUGAGGCAUGUAAAUGGUCAACUAGAGCAAUCGCGAGUGCACCCUACGUCACUGACCCAAAAGUAAUGAAAGAGUAUGGCUGCGAAUACGUUGUGCAUGGAGACGAUAUUACAACUGAUGCCAAUGGUGAAGAUUGUUACCAAGUAGUGAAGGACCUUGGUUUAUUUGUUGUUGUGAAAAGAACCCCUAACAUUUCCACAACUGAUUUGGUUGGUAGAAUGUUGUUGAUGCUGAAGACACAUCAUUAUCGCGACUUGAAUAAAGACUGGAGGAAAUUGCUCACCGAGGAGAAUGUAGAAAAAUUCACCAAAUAUGCAACGGAUGCAACUGGUUUGCAACCUGGAUCAGUUGUAUAUUUAAAUACACCUGACGAGUUGCAAACUAUUGUUGAUGCCGGUCCAAGGGAGGAGCAAAAGCAAGAGCAAGAGCAAGAGCAAGGAAAAGAUUCAAAGUAUGUUUAUAUUGAUGGAGGAUUUGACUUGUUUCAUCCUGGACACAUUGAGGCUUUAAAACAGGUUCGUCGCAGAGCAGAGGAGCUUGAUGCCAACGUUAUUGUUGGUAUACACGAUGACUUGACUGUCAACAAAUAUAAAGGGUUAAAUUAUCCUAUCAUGAAUAUUUUUGAAAGAUCGUUAUGUGUGUUGCAAUGUCGGUAUGUCGAUGGAAUUGUUUUGAAUGCACCAUAUAUACCAAGUCCCGAUUUUUUUGCAAGGAUUGGAAAUGUUAUCAAAGUUUAUCAUGGUCCAACAGAUAUUGGUGAGGAUAUAUACCAGGAGGUGAAGGACAAAUAUGAGACUAUCCCUCACCACAAAUAUGAUAAUAUCAAUACUGAACUAAUUGUCAGCAGGGUAUUAAAGAACAAGGCUGCAUUUGAAGAAAGACAAAAGAAGAAAGGGUGGAAAUCUGAGAUUGAAAAAGUUUUAGAAGCCAACGAGCGAAACACUAAAGGUAAAGUGGGUACUGCCACUUCUGCAAAUCCAGAUGCAAAUGCAAAUACCAAUACAGAGACUCGGGCCUAG